CCCGCAUCGCAUCCCGCGCGCUGCCAAACAAAACGAACAAGAAUGUGAACCAUUCACCCGAUAUCAUGAUUCUGCCGGAUACGCGUCCCGUCACAGCUAUCGGCACAUUGAGCAAGAUUAAAAAAAAAGAUGUUUCCCUUUUUGUCGCAAUUUUACGCACUAACAGCACAACUGGCGGCACAACCCAUAACAUCACAAAAAAAACUAAAUAAAUUGUGUGUGUGUGUGUGUGAGUGUUCCGUCGGCGCCCUUCGAAAAACAAAGCCCAGUAAGCGCCGUGCACCAGCGGCGGAGGACGCAAGUUCCCGUGGCCCCGGUUGAGCCCACGGUUUGUUUAUCGUCGCCGAGUUGAGGCCCCCAGACCCAAAACAUUUCCCCCCUUUUUUGCAUACCCAUCCCCGGUUGCCCCUCUGCUCCGUGUCGGACAGGGGCUUUUUCCAAGCAGUGGGGUGUGUGUGUGUGUGUGUGUGUUUGUGUGUGGUAAUGACACUGAACGGGGAGUGAUUCGUUUGAAGGCAAAUUACAAAGGUAAACAUAUGCUGCAGUAGGCACACGUGCAUUGGGAAAAGAAAGAGAGAGGAGGGAUGGUAAGAAGAGAUGUACUCCAAGGAAAGGUUCUUGAAGCUGACCAUCGUCUGCGAUGGAAAAAGAGCGUUAAUUCGAGCAAUUACGAGCAGUUGGAGAAGUUGAAGCGAAGAAUUCUGGAACUUUUUCAUGGAACAUACAGUCUCCAAUGGUUGUCUUUAUCAAAGAUCGCAGCAACCUCUGCGGGAAAUGUAGACAAUACAACAGAUUUGAAUACGAUUUCGAAUACAGAUUUCAAUACGAAGAAUUCUGGAACUUUUUCUUGGAACAUACAGUCUCCAAUGGUUGUCUUUAUCAAAGAUCGCAGCAACCUCUGCGGGAAAUGUAGACAAUACAACAGAUUUGUAAGUGUGACACACUCGUAACCAGAUCACCACGGCACACUUGUCUAAUAUGGCAAACAACACACACAUACGCAUACACAAACAGCACGAAGGAAGCGCCUAGCGGAACCGUAUGGCGGUCCAACGACACGGUCCGCGAUGAAGGAGAAGAGCAAAAAUGCCGCCCGGUCCAGGCGGGAAAAGGAGAACGCCGAGUUCCUGGAGCUGGCGAAGCUGCUGCCACUGCCGAGCGCGAUCACGUCACAGCUGGACAAGGCGUCGAUCAUACGGCUGACGACGUCGUACCUGAAGAUGCGCGCCGUAUUCCCGGAAGGUCUCGGCGAUGCGUGGGGCACUCAGCACAUCCCGAACAAUCCGCGCGAUCUCGCGAUCAAGGAGCUCGGAUCGCACCUGCUGCAAACACUGGACGGGUUCAUCUUUGUCGUCGCACCGGACGGCAAGAUCAUGUACAUCUCCGAGACGGCCUCGGUCCAUCUCGGGCUCAGCCAGGUUGAGCUGACCGGCAACUCGAUCUACGAGUACAUCCACAACUACGACCAGGACGAGAUGACGUCCGUGCUGUCGCUGCAACCGAACAUGUACGUCGGGCCGCCGGCCGGUGGCAACGGUACGGAACCGUCCCCCGGUACCGGUCCGCUCCUCGCCUCAACACCCUCGCACUCCUCGCUAGCAGCGGAUGCGGGCGGACCGACGGGCACCACCGAUUCGCCCAUCUCGCCGUUUGCCAGCCUGCUGCACCACCAACACCACCAUCACCAUCCGGGCGGUGGCGAAUCGCCCCCGCAAAGUCUCACCUCGUCCGGUGGCUCGAUCGGUACCACGCUCGGCGGACCGCUCGGUCAGUCACCCAACGACAUGCAAGCGGGAAUGCACCAGCAGCAGCAGCAGCAUAUGGGCGGCAACGGUGGACAUUCGCCGCUCGGAGCGGUGUACGGGAGUGGUCCGGGCGGGUACGGCGGUAUGCCGCAGCCGCCGCACCACCACCACAACCACAAUCACCAUCACGGCCACUAUCACCAUCAUCACCAUCACAGCUACGGUCAGCACCAGACGAUCGAGAUCGAGCGGACGUUCUUCCUCCGGAUGAAGUGUGUGCUGGCGAAGCGAAAUGCAGGCCUCACGACCAGCGGCUACAAGGUAAUACACUGUUCCGGCUACCUGAAGGCACGCAUCUACCCAGGCGACGCGACGUACGGCGAAGGGCACAGCUGCAUCCAGAACCUGGGCCUGGUCGCGGUCGGCCACUCGCUACCCCCGUCCGCCAUCACCGAGAUCAAGCUCUACCAGAACAUGUUUAUGUUCCGCGCCAGCAUGGAUCUGAAGCUGAUUUUCCUGGACGCCAAAGUGGCCCAGCUGACGGGCUACGAGCCGCAGGAUUUGAUCGAGAAAACGCUCUACCAGUACGUCCACGCAGCGGACAUUCUUCACAUGCGCUACUCCCAUCAAGUGUUGAUGUACAAGGGCCAAGUGACGACCAAGUACUAUCGCUUCCUGACGAAGGGCGGUGGCUGGGCGUGGGUGCAAUCGUACGCCACGGUCGUGCACAACACGCGCUCCUCCCGUCCGCACUGCAUCGUCAGCGUGAACUAUGUGCUGAGCGACCAGGAGGCGCAGGAUCUGCUGCUGAAUGAGGUGCAGCAGCCACAGCACAGUGCGCCCACCCAGCACCAACCGUCGCCGAGCGUCAAGCCGGAAGCUGGUGGUGGUGGUGGUGUUGGUAGUGGUGGUGCCGCCAACAACAAGGAGCGUAGUCUGAGCGAACCGGCUACGGCGCUGGCCGCCACUAUGACGCCCGUUUCCGGGCUAGCGUCCGGUGUGCCCGCCCACAUGUCCCCGAUCGGUGGUACCGUGGUGGUGGGCGGCAACAAUGGUACGGCGCGGCGCGGCUCCUCAGUACAGCCACCGCAUCAGGCCAGCAUGGCGUAUGGUUUGCUGGGGAAGGAACUGCAGCACCAGGACCAUCUACAGCAGCAGCAGCAGCAGCAACAUCAGCACAACACCUUCCUUCAGCUCGCCAACCUGGACGAUGAUGCAAGUCUCGGACCGAUACCGGGCGCCCCGUCCGCCUGUCUGGUGACGCAUCCCGGGUCCACGGGUCUGCCCCCGUCCACCGGGCAGGACGAGUACGAGCUGCAGAUGCAGUACGGGGCCGGCACGACCCACCAGCAGGAGCCGAACACGGGCAGCACCGGGUACUGCAUGAACGCGGCCCCGACCGGCGGCCUACUGGAGGGCCACGGAGCUGGUCCACAUCCGGGGACGGACGGGAGCGACGCGUUUCUGGAGCCGUACUACGACCAGUUCUACGGUGGGUACGACUCCCGGCAGGAUCCCAUCUCGAUGCGACCGUAUUCAGCCAGCUCGAACAGCUGCAGCAGCUCGGAGGCGGAGGGUGUGCUCGGACAUCAGCAGCAGCAUCAUCAGCAACAUCAUCACCAGCAGCAGCAGCAGCAGCAGCAGCAACAUCACCAGCAGCAUCCGCUCCAGCAGCAGCCUCCGCCGCCCAGCUACGGCAGCAUGAGCAUGGCUGGGGCUGGCGUGUUGCGUCAGCACGUCACCACCGGCGACCUGGGGAACACCUACGGUGACCACCAUCAGCUCGACUUUGCACCGACGAAUGGCCAUCAGCAGCAGCAUCACCACCACCAACUCCAACAGCUCGACCAGCACACAGCUCACACGAACGGCGGCAACUCCAGCUUUCUGUACGACGCGUCGCCGGCGACGAUGGACGGCAGCACCAGCUCGGCCUCCCCGUUCGAUGGCAUCGCGCAACCGUUCGAGCUGCACCAUCUCCCGACCACCCACGGGCACUUCCGGCAGCAGCAACAUCCCGACCUGCAGCAGCAGCUCGGCGAGUCGCCGCUGGUAUCGUCGACGUCUUCGUCGUCGUCGUCCGCCCUGCUCGGUGGGUCGCCCGCACGCCGUCCAGCGCCCGAUCGCGACGAGGCGGUCGUCGGCGGGGCGGAACCGGGCGCCUCCAAGCAGCCGAAGCUGGCCAACCACCACCAGCAUCAGCACCAGCUGGCGAAUGGCACAGUCAGCAGCAACGGGACGACCACCGGGAGUGCCAAUGCGCUGCAGGCGACAAACGGUGCUGCCACCAGUAACAACCUGAGAAGCGCUGGUAACGGCAGUAUCAUUAUCAGCACCACCGACACCAACCAGGGCGCCGAUACGAAUGGCGUCGUCACGGUCAGCAUCAAUCUGAACCAUCUGCACAGCAGCACCGGCGGCGUUAGCAGUAGCAGCAGCAGCAGCAGCGGAGGUCCAUCAGCCAUCAGCAACAGCCAUCUUCUUAACACCAGCGCUAAUGAUCAUAAUGGUGCCAUUAACAACAACAACAAUAACAACAACAACAACACUAACAGUAAUAAUAAUAAUCUGCACAGUUUGGAGAAGAAGGGCGGCCCGGUGCCUAACCGCAACUCGCAGCCGGUGCGAAGUCAGCCGCCGCACUACACUGCCGACUCGCACUACGAUCUGCCGCACUACACGAGCGUCAUCGUCGAGUCGACGGCGAACGGGUCGACGGCCGCGCCCAACAACGGCACGAACAGCGUCACCGGCAAGCUCUCGUCCAACGAGUACAUCUCGCAGCAGCAGCCGUGCACGUAAGCAAGGCCAUUGACAGAGAAGGGAUUAUUGUAAUAAUAAGCCAAUACAUCCACCACACAAACCGAUCAAAGCGCGCGGUAUAAUUCCAUUUUUCCGAGGCCACUUUAAUCAAAUUAUAAGUCGGUUGGGCGAAGCCGAAAUAAAGAACAGGAGAUUACUACCGCUAAGGGUAAUUUAUGCGCGUGUGCUACUAACCUUUUUGGCGUGUAUAUUUGCUGUCGGUUUUUUCGGCACAUUGAAAGCAGGGCCCUACUCCUUCGUAGAGCAGCUAUAACUAAGGCACAUAUGGUGCCUUUUUAUUGCCACUCGCAGCUUCAUAUUGCGUGGCUAGAACUUUUAUCCCCCCGGUUCUGUCAGGCAAGUGUUUCGAUUAGGUAUUGAGCACAUCACAUUAGGUUGGUAGUUGGAUUAGGUUGGUUGCACAUCAGGGGCUAGUGUUGGGUCAAGCUGAAUUCAAGAUUCAUGAAUCUCAAUGAAUCUUUGAAAUGAUUCAAUGAAUCUGAAUCUCUGCUUGUUAACAUUCAUGAUCCGCGAAAGAUUAAUAGAGCUUGAGCUAUCUUCUUGUUCUUCUUCUAGGCGUAACAACCUACGGGGUGAGAUCAGCGUACACAAGCAUUCAAGACUUCAAUAAACUAGAUAUCACGCAGCCGAUAGUCUGUUUUGCGACGGGGAGACGGACUGAAACCCACGAAUUUGUACCUUGGGAUCGCGCCAAUUCAAUCUUUUUCAAAUGUAUGCAUGUCUAGAGAUGCAUCAAUCGCUGGAGAUUUAUAAAUCUUAAUGGAUUUAUGAAUCUUAUGGUUUCAUGAAUCCUUGGAGAUCCUUUAAGUUUUUAGAGAAUCGUGAAUCCUUGAAGACUCUUGAAUCUGUAAAGCUUUUUGAAUCUAUGAAGAUUCGAUUCGAAAUUCGAAUCACUCAUUGCUGAAGAUGCAUAUGAAUGAAUCUCAACGUAAGAUUCAUGAAUCCCAACACUAACCAGGACACCAAUCGCAUUCCCUCAGCGCAGCUAAUUAAUCGAGAGCACACACUCCCUCUGCCGAAGCCAAAAACACAUCGUGGGAACCGACAUGGAGUAGGACAUCGUGGAGCUGCUGCUGUUCGUUACUUUGCUAUUUAACUUUAUUUAUUGUAUGUCUUCUUUCACAUUUCCUCAAGUUUUUCAUUCAUUUUCCCAUCCACCGGGUUUGUAAUGCGUGUGUAAAGGGGGAUGAGGGGAGAGGGGAGGGGAGAUAAAAGGGGUGUCUGCUGUCUUUUUUCAUAAGUUGACGCUCUCUCACAGACUCUCUUUUCAGGGAUUCUUUUUCCUAUGUCCGUGGGUUUUUAUGUUUCGAGGACACGUGUGUGUGUGUUUGUGUAUAUGUGUGUGUCCGUUACGAUUCCAAAGGAAAGUUUUUUGGAUGUUUGAGCAGAACUUUUGGCGUAACACACCCACAUGCACACACACGCACCGCGAACAGGAUUAGUGAACAUCACAGUUAAUCAAUUCAAUACAAUCAAUACAAUACUUGUAAGGAGAGAGAAUGGGAGGGAGUGGAUGAGGAAGGGGUAGGCUACUUUCAUGUUAAACAUUACAGAUGUUACUUUAAGAACUAUUAUUAGUAUUACUUAUGCACUCUACCAAUGGCUCCUAACAUCGUUAUUAAGUGAGGCGUGAUUUCUUCCACUCCUGCCACACCACCAGAGGUUUUUUUUGUGUGUGUGUGAGGGUGUUGUCUAGAUUUUGUUUCUGUUUUAUUAUUAUGAUUACUUCUGUUUUCUGGUAACUUGUGGUAAGUUGUGUGCUGUGUGCAUGCACGCCCCCGUUCAAUCUUUCGUCCGUGCUACUGGAAGAUGAUAAAAUGCGCCAAUCUAUUCAUGACUCGUGGAUAUUGUUCUGCUUUUGGUUUGGGCUUUUUCGACCAGUUGUCAAACCAGUCAGACGCCAGAUGAGCCUUAGAAUAUCCUCAACCGAAGGAAAUGCUGCUGCAUCUAUAUUAGAAUACUUCUAGCUAAACCAUAUUGGGAUGUUUGUGAAAUCAUUUAAUAUUUUCUUUUUUUUUUUGUUUUGCAAAAGUGUAUGUGGUAUAUAAAAAGAAAACCCGGUCGCUCUAUUCUUCUAAUAAUUGCAUAAUCUCCUCGUUUCCUACACAGCAAUUUCGGGUCGGUGUGUGUGCUAGUGGUGAUUUACGAAUAUCCAAUGAUUUAUAGGCCGCGAAAAAUCAUUCAGAGUUUCUGGAUCGCUGUGCAAAUCCCAAUGUCUAAUUAAGGCUAUUGUGCUCGUUCACGCGUUUGUUGUUCCUUGGGGGGCGCCGUAACAGCGUCAAACGAAGUUUCUACAACAUCCAAUGUGUUUUUUUGUUAACAACUUCCAACUUCUAAUCCAAUGUGCGAGGAAGACUUGGAAGAGAUUAUCUCCGCUUAACAAAACUGAGAGAAAGACUGAGAUACAUGAUAGUGCGGGAGAUGGUCGUGGUACACUAUUUUCAAUGUUUCUGUUCCUGUGUUUCCUCUCGUCCAUAACACACACACACACACUGAUUAUCAGAUUUCAUAUUUCUUCCAAUCUCGAACUCCAACAACUUAAUACAAACAUUACACCGAAAAAACAAGCGCUAGUGUGCAGACUCCCAGUUCAAGAUUGGUCUCCCUAUCUUUUUAGCAUAUUUAUACACACACACACAUUGAAGCAUCAUUUAAAGAUGGGUUUUGCCGUGGUUUGCACAUUAUGAGUAGUUCCUCCCCGUCAUCCCAUCCUGGAUUGGUAAUCGAUCGACCCCCGGCCUCGCUGCCUUCACUCCGUGACUGUUUCGCUGAACGUGGCAGCAGCGAAGAAUGUUCACAACAGCUACAAGAUCAGUUUCAGUUAACGUGUGUGUUUCUUAGAAAAAUAACAACGGCACACACAAACAAACCCCAUCCGACAGACACACUCUCUGCCAAUCCGUUCCAAUAAGUAGUAGUUUAUGCGGCUCAAGAGUUGUCUACUAGUACACGUGUGCUUUUAUUUUUGUGUUUUUAGUCCUUCAUUUUCUUAGCUUUCCCGUUCCUACUGUGAUUGAUUUGGCAACAAUUUGGGGGAGGGGGGGGGGAAUGCUACAAAGAGAUACCCUUAGUGCAGAGUACACCGGUCACGUGUUGCGUGAAAGGGGAGGGGUGCUUAUCUAGAAUUAUCGCGCCAAUAAGCAUUUAUAUUUUCAUUUAAUUUUUUUCAAUUUCAUAAAGCUUUUAUAUGUAUAUUUGCCGUGUGCUUUCCGACUUUCUUCCGCUUUGCUUUGCAUGUUUCGUCACCCUCCCUGCCCGUUCUCCACAGUAAUUGAUCGUUGUGCACUUUGCGUGUUUUUUUUUGUUUCUUCUUCAUAUAAACCGUAUUAUUGUUGUAAGUUUUCUUUUUGUACAAACCAAAAACCGGAAGCUACAUCGUGGGAGAGCAGAUAUUAUAAUCGUUCUAAGUUUGUAGAAACACGAUUCCAAACAAAAAUGUAAUGAAGUUUAAGUAAGAGAACGAAUGACGUGUCAUAUCUAGCGACGUUGACAAACGCAAAAGCAUGUGUAAGAAUAAAACAAAGAAACAUAGUUAAAAUUAAGGCAUAUCUUCAUAAGAAAAGAAAGAGAAAGACAGGGUGAAAGCGGUCCUUAGAAGAAACAAAACCCGACUACAGUAGGUACGUGUACGAAGAACCUGCGCAAUGUUAAUGUUGAAUGAUGAAAACAAGCAAUAAAAUAAAUCAAUGUACAGACAUGAA